CUUUUUUUUUCUUCAGUUGGAUUCUGGAGCUUAUUCUGUGCUGGUCGUCACCAUCAUCAUCAACAACAUCGGUUUUUGAAAUUUUUGUUUUUAAAAGAAUCUUCUUUUGAUUUUUGAUUUGUAAAUCUACAUUUAGAAAAAAAUGGCUGAUGAAGUAAAAGAAAAGAAGAAGAAAAGUAAGAAAUCGGAAAAAGCAGCAGCAGCUGAACCAGCAGCAGCCGCAGCUCCAGCUCCAGCCGCAGCAGCAGCUGAAGAAGCACCAAAAACAAGUUCAAAAAAACGUGCACAACGUUCUGGUUCGAAUGUUUUUGCAAUGUUCACCCAACAUCAAGUUGCCGAAUUUAAAGAAGCAUUUCAAUUUAUUGAUCAAGAUAAAGAUGGUUUCCUAUCGAAAAAUGAUAUUCGUGCUACAUUCGAUUCAUUGGGUCGUAUUUGUACCGAUUCUGAAUUAGAAGGAAUGAUUAAAGAAGCAUCCGGCCCAAUUAAUUUUACAAUGUUUUUAACAAUAUUUGGUGAUCGUACACAAGGUACGGAUGAAGAAGAUGUUAUUUUGAAUGCAUUUGCACAAUUCGAUGAAGGAAAUGGUCUUUGUAAAGAAGAAACACUUCGUCAUUCAUUGAUAACAUGGGGUGAAAAAUUUUCAACAUCUGAGGCUGAUAAUAUUUUAGCUGAAGCACCGACCGAUGGCAGGGGAAAUGUUGAUAUUAAAAAAUUUGCCCAAAUCUUGACCAGAGGUGAAGAAGAAGAACAAGGUGCAUAAAUCGUUCGAAAA